CUGCUCCUCUCCCUCAGCAUGAUUUCCCACUGCUAAACAAGCCCCGCCCAUUCUCUCUGUUUUUCGUCCCACACCCAAUGACCAGAAGGAAACCUGCUCCGUAAGCGGCAGUGACAUCGUCCAACUCUCUUCUCUUCUCUCUAGUCUAUCUUCCUUCUCUUCUCCUCCCUUUCUUCCCUUUUAAAUCGUUCCCAUCUCCCCCCCACCUUUAAUCCCUUUGUCUCCAUCUUGAAAUUCAACUCUUUUGUUGGAUUGCUGUUCAAACACUGUCUUAAUACCCCUCCCCGAGACCAGAGAGCUUCUUCAUCAUGGCAACCGCAGUCGCCCGCUUGGCCGGCAUCAAUGUCGGCGCAUCGGCGCAUCCCUCCCCUAGUGCUGACUUCGGCCUCAUCGGUCUGGCCGUCAUGGGUCAGAACCUGAUCCUCAACGCCGCUGACCACGGUUUCACCGUCUGCGCAUACAACCGUACCACCUCCAAGGUCGACCGCUUCCUUGAAAAUGAAGCCAAGGGCAAGCCCAUCGUCGGUGCUCACUCUGUCGAGGAGUUCUGCUCCAAGCUGAAGCGUCCCCGCCGUAUCAUGCUCCUGGUCAUGGCCGGCAAGCCCGUCGAUCAGUUCAUCGAGGCUCUCCUGCCCCACCUCGAGGAGGGUGAUAUCAUCAUCGAUGGUGGCAACUCCCACUUCCCCGACAGCAACCGCCGUACCAAAGAGCUCGCCGCGAAGGGCAUCAACUUCGUCGGCAGUGGUGUCUCCGGUGGUGAGGAGGGUGCCCGCUACGGGCCCUCCCUCAUGCCCGGUGGAAACGAGAAGGCCUGGCCCCACAUCAAGGACAUCUUCCAGAGCAUCUCCGCUAAGAGCGACGGCGAGGCCUGCUGCGACUGGGUCGGCGACGAGGGUGCCGGCCACUUUGUCAAGAUGGUCCACAACGGUAUCGAGUACGGUGACAUGCAGCUCAUCUGCGAGGCCUAUGAUAUCAUGAAGCGCGGCCUGGGCAUGCCCGUCUCCGAAAUUGCCACCGUUUUCGAGAAGUGGAACACGGGCGUCCUCGACUCCUUCCUGAUCGAGAUCACCCGCGAUGUCCUCAAGUACAACGACAACGAUGGCGUCCCGCUCGUUGAGAAGAUCCUGGACAAGGCUGGCCAGAAGGGUACUGGCAAGUGGACCGCCAUCAACGCUCUCGACCUUGGCAUGCCCGUCACCCUGAUCGGUGAGGCCGUCUUCUCCCGUUGCCUGAGCGCCCUCAAGGACGAGCGUAUCCGCGCCAGCAGCCUUUUGGAGGGACCCUCUCCCGACUUCAAGGGUGACAAGCAGGCUUUCAUCGAUGACCUGGAGCAGGCUCUGUACGCCUCCAAGAUCAUCUCCUACGCCCAGGGCUUUAUGCUCAUCCAGGAGGCCGCUCGCGAGUACGGAUGGAAGCUGAACAAGCCCUCGAUCGCCCUCAUGUGGCGUGGUGGUUGCAUCAUCCGCUCGGUCUUCCUCAAGGACAUCACCAACGCCUACCGCAACAACCCCGACCUGGAGAACCUCCUCUUCGACGACUUCUUCAACAAGGCCAUCCACACCGCCCAGAAGGGCUGGAGGAACGUCGUCGCCCACGGCGCUCUCUGGGGCAUCCCCACCCCGGCCUUCAGCACCGCGCUCGGCUUCUACGACGGCUACCGUACUCGGGACCUCCCUGCCAACCUGCUGCAGGCCCAGCGUGAUUACUUCGGUGCCCACACCUUCCGCAUCAAGCCCGAGUGCUCCAACGAGAACUACCCCGAGGGCAAGGAUAUCCACGUCAACUGGACUGGACGUGGCGGUGACGUGUCUGCGUCGACCUAUGUGGCUUAGAUGAUGGAUGCAACGCCCUGCGCUGGACGUGGAAUCAUUCCCCCGAUAAUGGAAGAAGGGGGACCGGAUUGGUAGAACUCUGGGGCAACAGACGAUCACCCGGUUGCCAAUGGUUAAAAGUAAUCAGAUGAUUACGAUGUAUUUAGAUGCCCAGUUAUGAUGGCAGAAACUUAUGAAUGAAUGUUUUCUGUUCGGUUCA